CUAAAAGCUACUCGACAUCAUGUAUCCAUAGCAAUCUAUUUCAAGCUCAAAUCUUUCAUCGAGAAACCAUACUUUCAAUUGGCUUAUAUUAUCCUGGCAGAUCAUGUCUGCAGCCAGUAAUGAUCACGAUGUCAUAGCGCAUCCACCUCAAGGGAAGAGGAACCGGCCACAGCUGAGCUGUACGAACUGUAGGUGACAAAGAAUUCUCCUUUCGAUGAACCUAUGUAGUGGAUUCUAGCGAGAGAAAGUUUUUGCAGAAUAACUCUCAAUAUGACAUGUUUUGAUUUCGAAAGUGUGGUCUCUAAAUGUCAACAGGUCGUCACGCCAAAUCGAAGUGCGAUAGACAAGUCCCCUGUAUACAAUGUAUCAAAAAAGGGCGCGUUUCAACUUGCACAAUUCCAGCAUCACUACCCCGCAAAAAGGCUGCCGUCAGUAUGCAGAAUCGUUUGCGGCAUCUUGAAAGUCUAGUCAAGAAUGUCAUGUCCAAAGAGAAUCCCAUCCAGAUUUCACCAAGCAACAGCGAUGGCCAUCCAAACCAUGGAAUUUUUGACGAUGAAAUAGUAAAACUGCCUAAUCACGAGGAAAUUAGGACUGGAAAGGAAAAAGAAUCACCACCGCCAAUAUCUACGGCCAGAGUGGUCCAAGGAAGUACAGAGUCAACGUACAUCGGAGCAACGCACUGGGGGGCGAUUCUGGAAGACGUAGGGUUUAACUUCGAAUAAAUUGGGGAUUUUCAGCUUACCUGAAUCUUAUAGAUUGAAGAAGUAAGAGGGUUUUUCGAAGAGUUUGAGCCAGAACGCGAUGCUCCAGAGAGGGAUCUCUCGCCAUUCAAUACCAUGGCAUUCAACGGAUCCCACACUCUCUCGAAAGAAACCCUUCUGUCAGGUUAGUAAUUUGCAUUUUUUCUCUGGCGCUGGAAUGAAAUGUAUAUUCGUCACUUAUCCUCAAAGGAGCAUACUAACUCCAAAAUUCGUAGGUUUACCAGAUAAAAAGGUGGUGGAUCACCUUGUCGCCCGUCACUUCAAUUCCAACAGCCCCUCAUUAUGUUUGUGGACCUCUUUACGAACUCUACAAGAAUCUUGCUGAUGCUAUUGUAGCCAUAAUUCAUGCUCCUACUUUCCAAAAAGAUGUACGUAGAGAAUGGUGUCUCUGUAACCAUAAUCAUCCUUGUAUUAAUUGUUGUACUUGCAUUAGCUUUCAAUUUUGCUGACCACAUAUUCCCUAGUACCGGAAAUUUUGGGAAGCUCCAAGUAAUGUUUCUGUUAACUGGCUCGGUCUGUUAUAUGCAAUGCUGACGAUAUCCUCUUUGGUGGUUAUUGGAGGAAAGGAAGUCCAUCCAGAUACUCGUGGUACACCCCACGAAAUGCUUUGGUUCUACCGCAAGUAUUGCACGCAAGCUUUAAUCACAUCCAAUUAUACGAAGCCUAGCAAGCACACGAUUGAGACAAUGAUUAUAUUCGCCGAGGUAUGGUAUAAUUCAAUUUGAUUCUUUGAAGCUUUUUCUAACAUCUGGAUUCUGACCCAAGGCCGAAUUUCUACUGAGCAAAGAUGAUGAAGUGUACUUGUAUCUUUUUGUCGGCAAUAUCGUCCGCCUUUGUUUGAGGAUGGGUCUUCAUCGAGAUGCUAAUAAGAUUGACGGUACUCUUACCCCUUAUCAAUCAGAGAUACGUCGACGAUUAUGGCAUCACGUUUCCCAAUUGGACAUGCUCUCUUGUUUCCACAUUGGUUUGCCAGGUAUGGUAGACUCAAUUGACUCAGAUACUUUGCUUCCAAGAAACCUCAGAGAUGAGGACUUUGGGGAAGAUACCAUCGAGCUCCCGCCAUCGAGAUCACCAUCGGAACUCACUCCCAUUUCAUAUCUCAUAGCCAAGAGUAUAUUGUGUCAAGAGGCGGGAAAAAUCACAACGAUGGCAAACCGCCUCACUAGAGUCCCAUACGAAGACAUUCUAAAGUUAGACAAAAGUUUGCAUCACGCUUUUGACCAAAUUCCCAUAUUCUACCGCCUUUCUAGAACCGGCAUAUCGAUCACCGACUCAGCGAAUAUUAUUGUCAAGCAAUUUAGCAUGUUCUUGGUUUACCAUAAGUGCCGCUGCAUGUUGCACCGAAACUAUCUUGCGUAUGAAGAGGAUACCCCAGAAUACACCUUUUCGAAGAAAGAAGCCUUGGAUGCUUCAAUGGAGUUGCUCAGCGGACAAGCGAUGACAUACGAAGCCGCAACUCCAGGUGGGCCCUUGGCCAAUGAUCGAUGGUUUUUAUCGACUCUUUCAACGCACGACUUUUUGCUAGCGGCUUUGCUUAUCUGCGUGGAAGUGAUGAAAGCCACUAAAGCCGGAUUGAGUCUGGAUAACAUUAAUGACCCAAAGAAUAAGGAACUCCUCUCUCUACUCCAAGCUCUUGAAAAGUCUCACGUAAGUCCUAUUUCAUUACUUUAAGAGCACCUAUUUCAGUAACUACCAGAGCCAGUUUCUGUUUAUUUUAUCAAAUUUUACUUUAGCCCAGAGAAACAAACUGACUCUAAGAUUUUGUGUUACAGGUGGUAUGGGAACAAGUACAGGACAAGCAUUGUCCCCAAGCUACUACGUACUUCGAAGUCAUGUUUAGUAGAGUCAAAUCGGGAUUACGAAGCCAGUCUCAAAAGAAUACUGCAUGUGAGCAAGGAACAUCUUUGGCUGGACUGAAACUAAACGGCAAGUAUUCCUGGCAGACUUUCAGCACUUCUGAAUGCUGUCUCUCCAUGGUUCUCUUACCAGGGUCCCCAUUUCACCUUCCAUACUCGAGUACUGACAAAUCUUAGACGAACCCGGUGUGAUUUCCUCCUUACCGUAUGGUGCUCAAUCGUGCCAAUUACCCUGGGGUAAUUUAAAAGCUGCAAACGUCACUUCUCCGGGGUUUGGCUUCUUAUCAAAUGAUGACAUUCUUGCUAUGGCAGACGAUUCACUAGGAUCCUUCAAAGAAAUGACGGGUAACCUCGACUGGGUUUGUUCUCUUCCCUUUCGCUACUUCUUGAACCCCCAAUUAACUUUAUCUAGGAAACAUUCGAUAAUUAUGCGUGGCCUAGACAAGAGACUCAACAACAAUCAUGGCAGACAGAUGACUUUUUGUUCUAAUGAUUCCAUUAGAAAAGCAAGAGUAUCGACAAAGAACAGAUACGGACGAAUUGUACAUCCAACCAAAACCCACCUUCCUUCUCCUAUCAAUACAAAGCAACUUCCCGACCGCAGCAAUCGAACAGUUUUGCAGCAACGCUGGCUCCUCCUUGAACUUAACUCGUCAGUGUCGUUGCUAUACGCUCUUGUAAAUCGUAGUGUUUACGCCACGCCUUUUAGUAACCAACACUAUACUCCAAUCCAGUAUCUGGUGAUAACCCGGAGAAUAAUUCUGAAUAUGCCAUAAGCCGGUCUCUUGAAGUAAGACGCUGCUCAUUUAUCAGUACCAUUCCUUUUGCCCCAGGUUGAAAUAUAAAACUUUUUCAACUUACCAUGAUCAAUGGGAAUGGGAAAGGGGUAGUUUCUCUGCACGAGUAUCUCAGUUUUUAUUAAAGUAAACCAGGGUGGAGACACUACAUUCCCCUUCAGUAUAGAUAUUUUGAGCAGAAGGUUGUGUUUUGGCGUGACACCACUUGUAAUAUUAAGUGCAUCUCGCGAGCUCAGUCUUGGGGCAAAAGAUUUGGCUAGCCAUGCCGCACCAUGUUUGCUUUGGAGAUGUUCAACAUGAAACCACCUCUGAUUGUUGGUGCUCCAUCUGCUUCAAAGGUCGUGUCAUCAGGUGGACCUGAGUGAAGAACGGAAAUGACCCAGACUAUUGGAACGCUUCCUGGCGAGAUUCCCGGAAAAGCGGCAAUUUCUAUGAGGAGCUAUACGAGGAACGAAGUCAGGAGAUAAGGACCCAAGCAGUCGUUUCCAUAUCUAGAUCUUGACCCUGUUCGCGACUAACAAUCAGCUUAUUCUCCAUAUAUACAUUUCAACGAGAGGGACGGGGGAAUGAUACAAAGUAACUUAUCCUUACUGCCAGCUAGCGGUUCUAUGACACUAGUGUUGUGGAAUAAAAC